AAAAAAAAAAAAACACUGAAAUGUGACUGAAAUGGAAAUCGACUGAUUUUUUUUUUAUUUAUGUGGUAAGUACAGAGUACAGAGCCCCAAAGGACACCAAGCAAACAAAUCAAAAUUAUUUCCAUUAAAAAAAAUCUCCAGACUUCAGAUCUAAAUCUAUCUUGAACUUGUCCUGUGCCAGUGAGUGUUAUUUUACCGCUGCAGUCUCCACCUCCCAGCUGUGCCUGAAGUGAUGUGAGUCUUCCCAGAGACCCCCUGCCCCUGGUGUGAUGUCUCUCUGCCGCUUUGAAAUUCUUAAGCACCUUCUGGAGGUGCAACAUCACACCUCUUCAUCCAGGAUAUAUUGGGGUGCUGCCUCCAGCUCUCCAGCAUUCACUCAGGUACUAGAGAACGAGAAGGAAACAUCUCAACUUUGAGAAGAUCAAAACCAUGGAGUUGAACUUUUCUCUUCAUAUGCUCCAGGGAGCCAGAUGCCAGUCUGAAUAUGAGCGAUCAUCUACCACCACUGAUGCUGGGUACUUCAGUGCCUGUGGCAGUCUUUCUCCGAGUCCCUCCAUUGAUUCCGGAUGUUUUUCUCCUCCUGUGAGCUGCUGGGGAGCUGGAAGACAGCCAGAGGAUGCUGGGAAAAAUUACACUGACUGCGUACCAGCUAAAAAACCCAGAUUAGCUCUACCUGCUGAUGGAAAGAGACGUUCCAGGUCCAAAUACCCUGGAACCAAGCGUCAGACGGCCAGUGAAAGAGAAAAGCUCAGGAUGAGGGAUUUGACCAGGGCUCUCCAUCAUCUCCGAAACUACUUACCUCCUUCUGUGGCUCCUCCUGGACAAACCUUGACCAAGAUUGAGACCCUUCGCCUCACAAUUAGCUACAUCUCAUAUCUCUCUGCUCUGCUGGAACAGUCCGAGGAGACCUCCAAUGAUGAAACAACACCAAGAUGCUACUCACAAGAUACCUCAGACAGGCUUCAGAAUGAUCUGCUUUCAGAAACGUGGUGUCUGGAUGAGCAACAGGGACUUGUGCAAGAUGUCCAGCAUUGCCCAACAUUUAUGACCUUCAAUGAUUCAACACAACUGAUGGAAGACAACGUUCCUGCUACUUCACACUUCAGAGAUGCACAAUCCUAUAUGUUUCCCUGCACAUCAACACGAGAUGCUACAAUCAGCCAUCAGUAUUUCCAAUAAAAAAGACAGAGGACUGGAAAUGAGGCUACCUUACACUAAAAUCAGAUGAUCACUGUGUGAAAACUUCAUCUAAAGACUUUAUUUGUUUGUUGCAUUGAUUGUUUGCAAUUAUUUAUUAAAUAACAUAUUUUUUUUAUUGAAUCCAUUUGUAUAUAUGUCUUA